CCUGUUUUUGGGUGUUGCUGAAUUCUUGUUCUCAGAAUGUCUCGCGGCGUGUACAAACCGCUCGCUCAGGUCGAUGUGGACAACUUGGAUGAGGAAGCGGCUCUGUUCAUGCAGGCAGCGCCAUCUCGGUCACUCGACCACACUACUACUACUACUACUCCUACCACGACUACUUCUCCUCGUGACGACGACUCCACGGCUCGACUGGCAUCAGGCAGCGCGGAAAGCACCAGUCAAGCACCCGUCGGGGCUGGGGUUGUGGCUGCUGCAUCGCCCUCGCUGGCCGUCGCAUCGGCCGAGCCUCCGAAACCAACAGAGGUCAAUGUGCCAUUCUAUCGCCCGAGGCUGCAGAAAGGGUCGCCGCUCGACGUGGCGGCCGCGCGAAUCGGUUCGCUCGAGUCUGAGCAGCGAAGACAUCCAGGGUCGAUUCGCCGCUUUCGACUCUUCCUGGGGAACAAUCGCAUCCUGUGCAAUGGCAAGCUCAUCACUGGGCCAGAGCUGAACGCCAACGUCGUUGCGGUAUUCGUGAUUGUCCUGACCACGGUGCUUUUUGUCGCAUUUGAAGCGCCGUACUUGAUGGAGCACGUUUCACCCGCCGUCCUGCCUGGUGCAUUGUAUCUGUGCUUCAUGACAAGUAUGAGCAUGGCAUUGACAGCAUUUACCGAUCCUGGCAUCUUGCCGCGAAACUUGGAUCUCGAGGGCUCGGCCGCCACCAACCCCCUGCCUCGCGCUAUCGCGCCAAAGCCCACCGAUUGGUUUGGCGACACAAUGCUGCUGAAAUGGUGUCCCACAUGCAGGAUACAUCGACCACCUCGCGUGUCGCACUGCUCGACCUGCGACAAUUGUGUUGAGCGAUUCGAUCACCAUUGUCCAUGGGUCGGGAGCUGCAUUGGGCGACGCAACUAUCGUUACUUUUACAGCUUUCUGGUCUUUACGUCUCUGAGUACAUUGUACUACUUUGGAUUCGCCCUGUAUCACUUGCUUCUCUUGCAAAACGUCAACAGAGACGCUGGCGAAAAGUCUCCGUUCUUGAAAGCCAUGUCGGACAGCCCGUCCAGUCCCUUGUUGAUGGGAAUUGUCUUCUUCUUUGGCCUGAAUGUGAUUGGCUUGUCGUGUUACCACACUCAUCUGGUAUUUUCAGACCAGACGACAAACGAGAUGUUAAAGUCGAUGCGGCAACAUGACAAUUCCGCAAGCGUUCACUGUGCUAAUUUUAUUCGCGUGCUAUGGGGCCCAUUACCGCCCAGUUUCCUUCAGCUCACCAAGCCCGUUCAAUCGAGCGAGAUGGAAGAAUUCGCUGCUCAUGUGCGCGAGCAGCAUGCAUUGAGAAGCCUUACACCAACAUAGCACGGUGGGGGGGGGGAAAGUGGAAAAUUCUUAUGCUUUAUCGUAUUCAAAAAUCAUGUAAUAUCGAGUCAUUUUAACAGAAAGCGAAUGAACCAAACGUGCGCUCGGGCGUGUA